AUGGAGAAUUCACUAAGACACAGAGAUGACGCAGAGAAGAAGUCACCACGAAGCAUCACCACUCCGACAUCGACCAGACGGGUUAAACCCUCCAACAAGUAUCAGACCACUUAUAUCCACACUGACGUUAACUCCUUCAAGAGAGUCGUCCAAAUGCUCACCGGAAUCUCCAAGAAACCCGACCCGAGAUCUUCUUCUUCCGUUCACUCAAUCCCUCCGAUCAAAGCCGUCACCAACAAGAAGCACUCUUCUUCCUUCCGCCUCUACGAACGUCGCAACUCGACGAAGCAUGCUCUCAAGAUCAACACGACCCACUCCGGGUUACCCAAGAUUCUCUCUCCCAGCAUCUUGAACUUCCCGUCUCUGGCUCUCAGCCCUAACACCCCUCUCAUGCCUCACCCGUUUCGUGGUUGCGGGUCUUUGAGCCACAGCCUCUCUCCCAGCAUCUUGGACUUCCCGUCUCUGGCUCUCAGCCCUAACACCCCUCUGAUGCCUAACCCGUUUCGUGGAUGCGGGUCUUUGAGCCACAGCCCUAGUGAUCCGAAACCGAGCUCAGACGAGGAAGAGAGAGCGAUCAAGGAAAAAGGGUUUUACUUGCAUCCGUCACCGUCGACGACUCCGAGGGAUCCGGAGCCUCGGCUUCUCUAUCUGUUUCCUUCACCUCGUGAGCCGUAGGUUUGCCUUUGUUUGUAGCUCAAGUUUUUAUUUUAAUGGAGCC